CUUAGAACCAUUCAUACACACCCAAGGUCAUUUGACAGGUAUAUAACCCAGAAUGAAUCCAAUGUGACAAGAUGGCAACCCCAGAUGCGUGGACCACCACUCCAGCCUGCCUGUUGGCCAUCGCCAAAUGAGAGCAUCUACCAAAGCCCACGCUAUCCUCAGAUGAGGGACCAACCACCACAUCCUCAAGCGCAGCACAACCUCCAGGCAAGAAGGUACAAUUAUCCACGUCCUCCUGGCAUAGAUGAUGCUGCUGAGGUACCAAUGCUUGGAGACUAUCGGCCACAGAACGACUUCGUUCCAGUCGGUGUGGUCGCGUCAGCAGGCUCAAGAUUUCCCUACGCUGCACCACCAAUCCACCCUCAAUACAUUAACUACGAUCACACUCAACAUCCACAUGACAGGUUGAACAUCCAUCUUUCAGCGCCGCCACCACAUCGUGAGCCUGUCUCGGUCCAGGGUCCUUCUGCACAGCACUUCUCACCAGGACCAACACUGAAACCAGACCAAGACACUCAGAGCCUUCUAGAUAACAAAACCAACUUAGAGAAGAUGAGACGUGAGCGUGAGUUGGUCUUCCAGAAGGCAGCUGCAGAGCUUGACCAAGCCAGGCGCGAUACUGGUACAUCAGUCUCAACAAACAAAGCCUGGGAGGAUGCCUGGGAAGUUCUGCGCGACAGCAUGACAAAGAUGUGA